CGUGAUGAGCUCUGUCAGUACCACGAAUGGGCUAUCCUGGGCGACGAUUGCCCUACAACUUGUAGAUGCCUACCGGUAUUGACACACGAUAGAUGUGCUGAGUCCUAGAAGUCGAUGGCAGAAGUCAAGGGAAGAUGAUGCAACGUCAUAGGCCCUCGAUGACUCGCCGAAUCAUCGUCAGCGGAGCACACCUUCUCAGAGUGGAUCAUCUCCAGAAGUUGACUACUGUACUUCGUAAAGCCGACAACCACCGAGCAUGAUCGGAGUGUAUAAAGGCAGGAUCCGCGAUCAAGCUUGAGGACUAAAUUAGCAGCAACAUUCCUACCUCGUCCCAAUCCACGGCAUCACACAUAGACCAGCAAGAUGACAACACCAAACCUGACAGUCAACCACCUUCAAAUCGGCCAAGGCGAGCGCAUUCCCUGGUUAUUGGAAGAACUCAAUAUCCCCUACAAUCUCGUAAACUACAAGCGCUCUCCGAUGCUCUCCCCACCAGACCUCAAAGCCAAGCACACUCUCGGCGCCUCUCCAGUGCUAGAAGACACCACUGACCCAUCUAAUCCCAUUACGCUGGCCGAGUCAGGCGCCAUCGUAGAGUACAUCAUCGGCAAAUAUGCCGACGGCAAGCUGGCCCUGGGUCCCUCACACAAGAACUUUGCGGACUAUUUGUACUGGUUUCACUUUUCCAACUCAACGCUGCAGCCUGUGAUUUUCAGACGCGCGAUGCUAAGGGGCGCAAUUCCGAACUCUGCUACGGAUCCUAGAUAUCUUGGUGCAGAUGGCAGAGUCAAGAUCGCCUUGAACCACAUGAACACCCGUUUGCUGUCUAAUGACUGGCUUGCGGGUGACGACUUUACGGCGGCGGAUGUCAUGACAGGCUGGUGUGUUACCACGAUGCGGGUAUUUGAGCCGAUCGAUUUGACCGAGUAUGAGGGCAUUCUGGCAUGGAUAAAGAGGUUCAGUGGAAGGCAGGCAUGGAAGACGGCAAUGGGAAAGAGCGACCCGGAUCUGAAUCUGGAGGAGACGACGAGUGUAAAGGGCCCAGCACCGAUUGAGCUGUUUGCGAAGGCCAUGGCGGGCAAGAUUUAAGUCAGUCUGCACUCUGCACCCAUGUAUUAGUCUAUCAAAGACAGAAUACCCCACCUGAUCAAGGAUAGCCUGGAUCAAAGUCAUUCGUAAACGAUAGGAACAGAAGCUGCAAUCAGAUACUGCUAAUAGCCCAGUGCUUUC